ACCUGAGGAUUUCCAUUGACCGAACACCACUCGAGCAAGAGAUUCAUUCCGGUGUACAGCAUGAUUCGUUUCAACGAGUAUUUCGGUGUUUGUGCGAGCUUCGCAAUCCUCAUAGCUUGCGUAACCGCGGAAUACGACACGAGGGAGUCGGAAUUGAACGGCGUCCGGAUGGUAGAGGAGGGUAACAUAUGUUCGGGAACAAGUUGUGCGAAACGCAGUUCGAUGAAUGGAGUUUCUGGUUCGAUGUGGUUCGGACCUCGUCUUGGACGUAGACGACGUUCCGACGAGAAAUUGGACAUAGAUCCGGACGAGACGAACGCCAUUGCGGACGUCAUAAACGGAGCACCUUGGGCUUUGGUUUCCAUUCCAGCAGGCAAACGUCACGCAUUACAAGUAUUCACCCCGAGAUUGGGCAGAGAAUUAGGGGAAGAUUUCGGGUAUAGUUCGUUGACCGGAGGGCAGGGCGGAAGUCAGGAUGAUGCCGAGCAGCGUUCUCCUCCUUUCGCACCUCGUCUUGGACGACGUUUGCCUUUUAUCCCUUCACCACGUUUAGGUCGCGAACUUCGUGCACUUUUUCAGAAGAUCUAAUUUUAAAGGGGGCAUAUAGAUCAGAAUAAUCGGCAUGGAUUUGUCCGUCGUUUUGUAAUUUUGGUAAAAAUGAAAAUUAACGUCGUUUCUAUACGAAGUAAUCUAGAAAUAGUGAUGAAAAAAAUGGUUACACCUUAUCAUCGAGAGAAGACGAAAUGAUCGGACAAAUCUGGAAACAUAUAACAUUUACCGUGAUUAUAAAUUAUAAGAGGACAUAUUAAUAUUAUUGGUAAGUGAUUACAUACUUGAUGAUGCCGGAAUAACCGGAACAAAUAUUCCGAAAUACACCAUCUCUUACUAUUUUUUUCCAUUACUGACAACGAAGAAAAUAUUUCAUUUUUCUCAUCACAUUAACAUUCUUCCAUUCACUCGUAUAAUCUGAAAGACAAAAUACCCUCAUAAAAUACUAUAAACAUAUGUAAUAACUAUGUAAUUACUGCAAACAAUACAAUCGUGUUCCAAGAGAAUAUAUUUGUAUUGUGGAUUCAAUAUAAUAAACUUUUAU